AUGGAUUUACCUACCUUUACAAUUAAUGAAGAUAAUGCAAAAGAGCUAUUAGAAGCACAACGUCACAUAUGGAAACAUUCUUUGUACUACUUCAAAUCCAUGGCCUUAAAGUGUGUCCUUCAACUUGGCAUUCCAGAUACCAUUCAUAAACAUGGCAAACCUAUGUCUUUAAAUGAACUAGCCACUUCUCUUCCAAUUCACCCCAAUAACAUUCCUUCCCUUAAUCGUCUAAUGCGUAUUCUAGAAUCCUCUAACUUCUUCUCCAAGAAACUUCUACAAGAUGGAGGAUAUGGGUUUGAUCUUACAUUGAGCUCCCAACUCCUGCUGAAAAACCACCCACUUACUCAAGCACAGUUUGCUCUUACACUGCUUGAGCAAAUGGUAACUGAUCCAUCUCAUCAUCUUACAAGCUGGUUCCAAAAUGGUGCAGAAUCCUCCUUCCAUGUUUUAAAUGGAAUGAGUUUCUGGGAGCAUAUGAGCCAUGAUUCUAAGUUUAUUCAGUGUUUUAAUGAAGCCAUGGAAUGUGAUUCGAGAUUCGUAACAAGCUUGUUGGCGAAUAACAAGAGUUUUAAGGGCAUAUUUGAGGGUAUUGAAACGUUAGUGGAUGUAGGGGGUGGUAAUGGGACUACUGUUAAGGCCAUUACUGAGGCUUAA